AUGACACCCGAUAUCCAGCAGACUUCUCAAGAUGAUUCUUCCUCAGCUAAUGCUAAUGCAACUGCGCCUUCUGAGUCUGUGAAUCCCACUUCUUCCCAGUCUUCCACUUUAACUCAUCGACCUCGAACGAAAUCGGAUUUCGAUAAGCUAUUACUUGAACAAUACUUACAUCACACUUUAAUUCAUUCCGCUGCCAUUGUCGAUGACCAGGACAAACGGAAGGCCUAUUAUCUCCACAAACAUCACGAAGCGCAAGAUUACGAACUGGUCAAAAACCACAAAGAUGUCUUUACAGCAAGUCGAUUAUAUGGGACAGGUUACAAUGGAUAUGGGAAUGGAUUCACAGAUGGACCAACAAGAAUAUUAUAUUCGCAUGCGAAAUUCGCAAAGAGGAAAGCAAAGCCAUUGCGAAUUAAGCGCAAAGAUAUGGCCAUGCAGGCUGAUCAAGUAGAAGAGUUGGUUCCCAUAAGGUUGGAUGUGGAUUGGGACAAGGUCAAACUUCGAGAUACUUUUACUUGGAACUUGCAUGAUCGAACGGUUACCACAGAGCUGUUCGCGAAGCAACUUAUAGCGGACUUUGGUCUGAUUACUCCCGUAGCAGAACCAGUGCUACAGCAAGUUCAACAACAAAUGCAUGAUCAAAUCGUCGACUUCAACCCCUUGGUUUACUUUCCGGAAGACCCCCUGGAUGAAAUGUUACCAUAUACGGCAUACAAGAAUGAUGAGCUGCGCAUCCUCAUCAAGCUCAACAUCACUAUUGGACCACACACAUUAGAAGACAAAUUUGAAUGGGAUAUUAAUAAUCCUUUGAAUUCACCAGAAGAGUUUGCGCAAAGUAUGGCCAAAGAUUUGUCCCUGUCUGGGGAGUUCACUACAGCAAUCGCACAUUGUAUACGUGAACAAAGUCAAUUGUUCAUACGGAGUUUGUACGGUGUUGGGCAUCCAUUUGAUGGCAGGCCAGUAGAAGAUGCCGAUUUAGUUGCAGCAUUCUUACCUUCACCUCUACCCUCAGUAUUACGGCCACAUCAACAAAUCAAAGAAUUUGCGCCAUAUCUGUAUGAAGUGACGGAAGCAGAUUUAGAGAAGCACGAUUUAGUAUUUUCACGAGAACAACGAAGGCAGAAGAGAUCAGUGAAUAGGCGAGGAGGACCAGUUUUACCAGAUCUAAAGGACAGGCAAAGGACAGUGAGAACCUUGGUUGUUUCUUCUGUAUUACCUGGAGCAGCAGCAACGGUUGAAGAGAGUCGAUUAUACAAACGAGUAGGGGUACCAUCAGGAAGAGGAAGGCGUGCUGGUUUCGGUCGACAAGAUGGUGCAGACUUGUCAGAAUCGGACGAUAGUGAAGAUUCUAAUCCUGAAUCACCGGCUAUCCAAGUAACUCAAGGUACCGCAAGGACGAGAAAUAUGCGUGGAGCAGCUACAGCAGCUCAACAAAGAAUGGCCAACAUUGGAAGAUCAGAAACUCCAGAAUCCAUGCUAGCACACCAUCAUGAAACUAGGACGUCGGGGAGGAAAUCUGGCCGUGAUGCUCGCGAGGAUACUGUGGAUACUCCUUCACUCAUAGUGAAAUUGAAAAUUUCGAAAGAGAAAUUCAAGAAACUCGUCAAAGACAUGGGCAAAGGUCGUUCGAGUCAUCAACAAACUCCUUCUGUAACUCGCGCAACAUCAACCUUUGGUACUCCUGCUCCACCCGGAUCUAUGGGUCCACCUUCCACACCCGGAGUUCAACCAGCUCAACCAUUGGCAACAACACCAGCACCAGCUCCUACUCCACAACCAGUAAAUGCAGUGGCGGUAGGCCAGAUAGGUAGAAUUGAUGCGCCACCUCCUAUACCUGGUCAGGCUCCCCCAGCUCCCCCUCCACCCCCCUCCUGGCUAGCAACCGGCCUAACAGCCCUCCAUCAACAAUACCCCAACGAUCGUUUCGAAGGUAUGAUGCGCUACUCGGCUGUUUCCAUCGCAACCGAAACACCAGUUCCAGCUCCAGCUCCAGGCACAAAUCCUGAAGGUAUCAAAUGGAUGUAUCUUCCCAGAAUUAGAUGUCAUGAUUGUCCAGGAAAGCUGUAUACCCCAGGUCCAGAUACAACGGUAGGGAAUUUUGAAGUGCAUCUAAAGAAUAAGGGACAUAGGGAAAAAGUAAACUUGAGAGUUGGGGCACAAGUCACGGGUUAA